GGGCCGGAGUGGCUUCCCUGGCUGGCACCUGGACUUGGGCUAUUUCCGUUCACGUUAAAACAGACAGUGGAACCGAGAGGACAGAACGUUUAAAUAAUUUUUACUUCCACGCAAGAUUUAGGCUCUGAGGUCUUAAUCUCAGGAUUUGGAACAGGAAAAGCUGUCGGGUGCACUCCCCCUCCCCCCACCUGUGGCAAGUGGGUACUGUGGGCAGUUCCGCCACCCUUUUUCACAGCGAUGGCAAUGAGUGACCACCAGCGUUAGCGGAGCCGGGGGACGGGGGAGGGUUGACUGCUUAACGAUUCUCCAUCACCGCCUCUUUUUGAAACAGAGAAAAUGGUGGGAAGUCAAAAGAAAAUUAAAUAAGCACACAGGCAACUUCUAGGACCUCAACUAAGCAAAUGAAGCUUUAUUGUGCGUGCUGAGCCUACAGUUCCCAACCUUCCGCGGAAGAUGGGAGGACAGGGCGACAAAGGGCACAGGAGGCAUGCCUGGUAGUAAGUGAGACAGCAGCUAUCCAGGCGGAAGAGCAGAGGACUGAAAAACCACUCUUCAGCACGCGAGUGUCCGCCGCUCCGAGAACCGCGAACCAUACCCCUCGGCCACGUGACCAGUCCUUUUUUUUUAAAAAACUUCUCUACUUAAAAAAAAAAAAGCGAGAGACAGAGAGACUCCACUUCCCAGAAGCCUCUCGUUACACACGCAGCCGCAGUCUUGCGCAGGCGCCGCCAGGGCCAAACGGACACGUCCGUCACGUGAACAGUAGCCGGCCAAUCCGGUUUGAAUCUCAUUUUUUUUCUCUCACCCCCCCCUUCAGAAGCGGUUGUGCGAUCAGAUCGAUCUAAGAUGGCGACUGUGGAACCGGAAACCACCCCUACUCCUAAUCCCCCACCUACAGAAGAAGAGAAAACAGAAUCUAAUCAGGAGGUUGCUAACCCAGAACACUAUAUUAAACAUCCUUUACAGAACAGAUGGGCACUCUGGUUUUUUAAAAAUGAUAAAAGCAAAACUUGGCAAGCAAACCUUCGGCUGAUCUCUAAGUUUGAUACUGUUGAAGACUUUUGGGCUCUGUACAACCAUAUCCAGUUGUCUAGUAAUUUAAUGCCUGGCUGUGACUACUCACUUUUUAAGGAUGGUAUUGAGCCUAUGUGGGAAGAUGAGAAAAACAAACGUGGAGGACGAUGGCUAAUUACACUGAACAAACAGCAGAGACGAAGUGACCUGGAUCGCUUUUGGCUAGAGACACUGCUGUGCCUUAUUGGAGAAUCUUUUGAUGACUACAGUGAUGAUGUAUGUGGAGCUGUUGUUAAUGUUAGAGCUAAAGGUGAUAAGAUAGCAAUAUGGACUACUGAAUGUGAGAACAGAGAAGCUGUUACACAUAUAGGGAGGGUAUACAAGGAAAGGUUAGGACUUCCUCCAAAGAUAGUGAUUGGUUAUCAGUCCCAUGCAGACACAGCUACUAAGAGCGGCUCCACCACUAAAAAUAGGUUUGUUGUUUAAGAAGACACCUUCUGAGUAUUCUCAUAGGAGACUGCGUCAAGCAAUCGAGAUUUGGGAGCUGAACCAAAGCCUCUUCAAAAGCAGAGUGGACUGCAUUUAAAUUUGAUUUCCAUCUAAAUGUUGCUAAGAUAUAAGAGAAGUCUCAUUCGCCUUUGUCUUGUACUUCUGUGUUCAUUUUUUUUUUUUUUUGGUCUAGAGUGUCCACUAUCCCAAUCAAAGAAUUACAGUACACAUCGUCCCCACAAUCCAUAAAUGUGUUCCUGGCUCACUCUGUAAUAGCUUAGUAUAAUUAACCAUUACAAACACAUUUGACCCACCCACAAUAUUAAAAAAAGAAUUUGCAUUUCUAUAUCGUACAGGAGAAAGAUUCUGUUUAUGUUCCAUUGUACACAGGAGCAUAUUUUGCUGGUUUGAAAGAGUAUGAUGCAUACAGUUUUCUAGCAAUUUUCUUUGUUUCUUUUUACAGCAUUGUCUGUGCUGUACUCUUGCUGAUGGCUGCUAGAUUUUAAUUUAUUUGUUUCCCUACUUGAUAACAUUAGUGAUUCUGAUUUCAGUUUUUCAUUUGUUUUGCUUUUGUUUUUUUCCUCAUGUAACAUUGGUGAAGGAUCCAGGAAUAUGACACAAAGGUGGAAUAAACAUUAAUUUUGUGCAUUCUUUGGUAAUAUUUUUGUUUUUUGUAACUACAAAGCUUUGCUACAAAUUUAUGCAUUUCAUUCAAAUCAGUGAUCUAUGUUUGUGUGAUUUCCUAAACAUAAUUGUGGAUUAUAAAAAAUGUAACAUCAUAAUUACAUUCCUAAUUAGACUUAGUAUGUCUGUUUUUGUAUCUUUAUGCUGUAUUUUAACACUUUGUAUUACUUAGGUUAUUUUGCUUUGGUUAAAAAAAAUGGCUCAAGUAGGAAAGCGGUCCCAUUCAUAUUAAGACAGUGUACAAAACUGUAAAUAAAAUGUGUACAGUGAAUUGUCUUUUAGACAACUAGAUUUGUCCUUUUAUUUCUCCAUCUCUGUAGAAGGAAUUUGUACUUCUUAUUGCAGGGCAGUCUCUAUUGUGUCUUCUCUUGUAGUGUCUUCCAUAUGAAUAGUAUAAGUUUUGGAGCAUUAGUUUAUUAUGUUUAUUUCAAUUUUUAAUAAAUUGAAUAGGUAGAAUCAUAUAUAUGAAAUUAAAUUGAUGUGGCUAUCUUUAUUUUUUUAUAAAGUAAGGCAUGGUCCUUCAGUGUUAGGUGAAUAAUAUACUCUUAAUAUGUUAAAAAAACUCAUGAAAAUUGCGACCUUAGUGCAUCACCAUUUGAUUGAUAGGAAUUGUAGUUGUAAAACUUGGUUGCUGAAUUGCAAUGUCCUUUUGUUAAGUGUCAAAAUGAUAGCAUAAAGAAAGAGUACAAGUGGUGGGGGUGUAUGCAUUAAGAAUUUUGUUAGUGUUGCUGUCUAAAUAGAAUGGAAUAAACAGGUAUGAAGACUUGUAUUUAUAAUAAAUUGGUAUAGUAUGGUUUUAUGUAAACUUAAAAAUUUGAUCUACUCUUUGUAGGUUUCAUUUGAAAGCACACUUGAAAACAGUUUGUAAUACAUAAUUGUAUAUUUCAGAUCCUGUGAAAUAAAAUCGGCUAUAUCAGACAAAAGGGUAAGCUGAACUGUAGGUAGGAUGAAAACCAUUAGUUGAGAAGUUGUUUUGUCUUUAGGUGGUGAUUAUGAAUCAGUCAUUUAAAAACUGAUAAGCUUGACAAAAAUCCUAUAUAAAGUAAACAUGAAAUUGUAUUGAUUUCACUGAAGAAUUUAUAACAGUGUAAAGGGUACCACAAGCUACCAUCUGAGUACUCUAAAUACCACAAACACCUCUUGUUCAGUGUUCUAGAAAUAGUGAAUCUUUUGUAUUUAUAAUCUUAAUAUACUGUACCUUGGGUGAUUGGUUAAGGUGAUUUAUUGUCUUUGUUGAUAAUGUUGUGAGCACUUCAAGAGCUUGCUUAAAAGUGACAGUGAUGGUGGUGUGUUAGCAAUGGGUGGCAUUGGAGGAAUAUAUCAGAAAUUAAUGCUUUAAUGCUUUAUUUCCUUAAUUCUAAGAGGCAGUCCAUUUUAGGAAGUAUCAACUUUGGAGGUAGAGGAGGAAUAACGCAUUAAAUGUACGCAGUUCUAAAUUUUUUUGGAAAAGUCCUAAUUUAUAGCAUUUGGUUAUCCUUAUCAUUACCAUCUUAGAAUAAUAAUUUUAUUUUAAGUCUUUCUCCCAGUAUGGGUAGGAAGGAAUGAUUCUGAGUCACUUUUGGCAAAUGCCAGUUGAGUAUCAUAGUGACUUGCAAAUUUUCCAACUUUAUUAGAAUCUUUUCUAAGUAUAAGAUUAGACUGUACAUGAUUUUCUCAGUUACUUUUUCCUGUCUGUCCAACAGGAUAUUAUAAAUAAAUAUAUUUUCAUAAUAGAGAAUUAAAAUAAUCUUUAACAGAUGAAUAGUAGUUCACUGUAGGGAUGUGCCAUAUUUCAUUUAACCAAUUUAAUUGUUAAUACCAAUUCUACAGAAGGAUUUGAGGGAUAGUAUGUAAGAGUCAAAUUAAAAUCCUUACAUAGUACUCGUUACAUGCCAGGCAGUAUUCUAGGCACUUUACAUGCACUUUAACCUGCACAAUAGUCCUUUGAUGUAGGUGCUGUUUUCUCUGUUUUAUAGAUGAAGAUACAGAAGCAGUGUGGAUUUAAGUCAGUUAGUGUGGAUUUGAGUCCUGGUAAUUUUGGUUUGAGAGACCCUGUAAUCACAUACUCUCUCAGUAGUGCAGAGCCUCUCUGAUAGGCUAUAGUAAAUUACACUAGAUUGUAGUCAGUUUAUAGGUCAGAAUGUUUUAUUUUAUUUCCUUUGGUAGUAAAACUUAAAAGAGAUGGAGAGAGUCCCUCUCGGCUCACUGUGUUAGCAAUCAACUAAUCAUUUGGGAGUUUUGAGAACAUAGCGAUAAAGGUACAGGAGUUUAGAGUUGCAAUAGAUUAAGUGAAUAUUUUCAUAUACAGUUUUAAGUGUCUACAUCCUGUUAUCUUCUAAGAUAAAUGGCAAAAUAAAGCAAAAUUUUCAAGUUGAUAGGAGUUGAGAUUCUUAAAUUCUGAAGUUUUCAUUCAAAGGAUAAUUUUAAUUUACUAAGGCAGUGUGAUAAUGUGAUGUUUUACAUUUUAAAAUUAAAACAAGUUAAUGCCAAGUCUCUGUGCUACUUUUUCUCUAAUUGUUACGGAUUUUCUUCAUUACUGAGUAGAGGAGAAAAACAGCUGAAUUUUCUCACUCAGAAUUAGACCCUCUAGACAAAUACAAGAUUUUGGGUCAGGUUGACAUUAAGAAAAAAGAAAAACCCUAGGUCAGUACUAUCCAGUGUCUCAGUAGACCAGUAUAGAAAUUCAGAGUGUCUGGAAACGUCUACAGAAAUUUCAUACAGCUGUGGCUUUAAAGUAUGUGAUCAUUUCUCUAGUAACUGAUUUUUUAAAAUAUAUUUUAUAAAAGUAUAGUUGUGACAGGGAUGCAGUUUAGGGUUCAAAACUGGUCCUUCACAUACAGUUUGAGAGACACUACUUUUAGGUUGUUAUCCUGAGUAGCCAAGACCAGCUCAUUUGCCCAUCAGUCCCCAAAACAAUCAAGUAUAUUAUCUCUCACUCAUCUCACAGGUAAUGGACUUGGUGUCAGAAUUUCAGCCAUACUGUAGUAUCCUGCAAGAAUGCUUUUUAGUAUCUUGCUUGCUGUGAGUUUCAAAGUAGACAUUAGGUAGCCUUCUAGUACUUUGUUUAGUUUUCGACUUUAAUUUUCUUGUGAUUAUUUCUUCCACUGCUAGAAGU